AUGUGGAAGCUAGCGAAUCUAAGCCCAUUACCUAAGGAAUCUCCGUUAACCGAAUGCGAUCAAUUGAGACCAAUAUCGUUGACUAAUGUUAUUAUGCGACUCUUCGAAAGGAUCAUAUUUCAAGAAGAGAUUCGUCAUCCCUCAAAAUUGAUUAUCGAUAAGAACCAGUACGCUUAUAGGGAAAAUUCGAACACUACUGCAUCUCUGAUAAAGUGCUAGCAUCAUUGGCUAAAAUGGUUAGACGAUAAGGCUAACUUCAUUCGGGUAAUAUCCUUCGAUUUCAGUAAAGCGUUUGAUAGCGUCCCCCACGAUAUUUUAACACAGAAAUUGAAAUCAACAAAUCUUAAUCCUUAUAUUAUCAAUUGGCUCAUUAAUUUUAUAUCGUGUAGGAAACAGAGAGUUACUGUAGAUGGAACUGUUACCAAUUUUGUUAAUAUCAACAGAGGAGUACCUCAAGGUACAGUUCUUGGCCCCUUCUUAUUUUCGUUAAUGGUCAACGACAUUGAAGCCAAACAUCCACAAACGAACAAUUUGGUCAAGUUUGCAGAUGAUUUAACAGUGAGUGUUCCUGUCACAUCGUCUGGUGACUCGGCUUUGGACGAGGUAACUAACAUUGAGAGUUGGGCAAGCAACAAUAGAAUGAAACUCAACUUUAAAAAACCUGGGAAAUGUUACUAUGUACUCGUUCACCUGCCAUACCUCCCCCCCCUUAUUAAUGGAAUACGACGUAAAAAAUGGUUAAAACUACUUGGUGUCACCUUUCAAGAAAACCCACGUUGUUGGGACAAGCAGGUAGAUAGCUUGUUGUCAAAAGCAGCAAAUCGAAUUUACAUCCUGAGAGUUUGUAAAUUCUACGGAUAUUCACUAAAUGAACUUACUAAAUUGUUCGAUUCAUUGAUCCUGUCGUUAUUUUACUAUGCAAUUGAAGUAUGGGGAUCGGCUUUGCAAGCGAAAUACAUUGAUAAAUUCAACAAGUUUCUCAAUCGUGCAUUCCGAUAUGGAUACACUCAGAAUAAAUAUUCAAUGGCCAAGAUGAUUGAGGAGAGGGAUCGAUUAUUGUUCAAUAAGGUCAUGCACAAUCCUGAACAUUGCCUAUAUGAGUUGUUACCAGAAGAACGUCGACGACCUUUAAGAGAACGCGAUCAUCAAUUUAUGUUACCGUUUACACAGAACGUUUUAAACAAUCAUUUUUGAACAAGUGUCUUUUUAAUGACUUUUAGUUUUAAAAUUUUGUUAUAUACGAUAUAUAAUAUUAACUAUAAUGCAUGUAAAUAAUUUAAUUUAGAAAUAAUACUAAAUUUGUAAAUAAUCUAAUUAACAUUUCUCAUAUGCACUGAACGUUUUAAUAAUUACUAUAUAUAUAUUUAUAUAUAUAUAUAUCUUAUAUGCACUGUAAAGAUGCACGUUUGUUGCAACUUCAAUUUUUAAUAAAGACGUAUAAUAAUAAUAAUAAUAAUAUAUUUAAUGCAUCCUUCCGUGAAUGCAAGGUGCCGAAGGUAUGGAAAAUAGCAGAUGUGCCACCUGUUCCUAAAGCCAAAAACAUUAUUGAUUUUAACAAGGACUUGAGGCCAAUAUCCUUAACUUCAACAUUGUCAAAAAUUGCAGAAAAUAUCAUCAUCGUGUAUGAAUUAAAGUCUAAACUACUAAGAAAGAUGGACCCAAUGCAAUUUGGCUUUAUCCCAGCAUCAAACACGACUCUUGCUCUUAUUUCAAUGAUGCAUACCUGCAUGGCUAUAGCUGCACUUGAUUGGACGGGCUCUACAGUAUAAAGAGUCGCUCUACUUGAUUAUCACAAAGCCUUCACCUAGUAGACCACAAUCUACUUGUUGCAAAACUAUCCAAUUAUGAAAUAAAACCAACGGUUGUAAAUUGGAUAGCUGACUUUCUUCGUGGUCGAACUCAGAGAGUUAAAAUAAACUCUGUGCAUUCCCUGGCUAUUCUUAGCAAUAAUAAAUGACCUAUGUAUUACAAAAUCUCCGACUAGCAACCUGUGGAAAUUUGCAGACGAUACUGAUCAUACUUCGGUUUCCGAAGUUAUUCCAAAAGAUCGUGUUAGUUCCCUGCCAGAUAAAGUAGACGAAGUAAAUAAAGGGUCGAAUGACAACAAAUUUCAACUGAACCCUGGUAAAUGCAAAGAGCUGAGGAUAGACUUUACCACGCAACCAUUUACUGAGGAACCCCUAAAUAUAAACGGGAAGCCACUUGAAAUUGUAAAAUCCGCAAAAGUUCUGGGUAUAUAUGAUAGUUAUCAAUCAUUUGAAAUGGAACAAACAUGUAAGCAAUACCGUGGAAAAGGCUUCUAA